GUCGUGGACGGGACGCUCAGCAGUGCCUUGCGGGGGGAACCGGCCGUCGAGAGGGAGCUGGUGGCGAGCAGACGGCGCGACUGACCGACCCGUGCACUGCGCGACAGACGAAGAAGGCACGCCGUACGAUGGGGCACAAUGUGCAGGUGGCGGUCGCCACACUCAACCAGUGGGCGAUGGACUUUCAGGGCAAUCUCGAGCGCAUCCUGCUAUCGAUCAAUAUAGCCGCGGCAAACGGUGCCACCUAUCGGACCGGGCCGGAACUUGAGGUUAGUGGAUACAGCUGUGAGGAUCACUUCCACGAACCGGACACGUACCUCCAUUGCUGGGAAGCUGUAGUCGAGCUGGUACAGUCACCGAACACACAGGGGAUGCUAAUCGACGUCGGUAUGCCGGUUCAGCAUCGUAACGUCGCGUACAACUGUCGCGUUGCGUUCUACAACGGGCGUAUCGUGCUGAUCCGACCGAAGAUGAUCAUGUGCGACGAUGGAAACUAUCGUGAGACGCGCUGGUUUUCACCAUGGACGAAGGAACGCCAAACGGAGGACUACCAGUUGCCACGGUUUGUGGCGCUAGCUCUCGGGCAGGAAACGGUACCCAUCGGGGAUGCAGUCAUUGCCACGCUCGACACCUGUCUCGGGUACGAAAUCUGCGAGGAGCUGUGGAAUCCGCGCAGCAAACACAUCGACAUGUCACUCGCGGGCGUUGAGAUUAUUGUGAACGGAUCCGGCAGCUACAUGCAGCUCCGCAAGGCGCACAUCACGACGGAUUUGAUCCGGAACGCAAGCUACAAGGCGGGCGGUGCCUAUCUGUUUAGCAAUCUGCGCGGUUGCGAUGGGCAACGGGUGUACUUCAACGGUUGCUCAGCCGUCGCACUGAACGGUGCAAUUAUCGCCCGGGGACGCCAGUUUGCGCUCAGCGAGGUAGACGUAACGGUGGCAUCGUUCGAUCUGCAAGACAUUCGUGCGUACCGUGGUGCGUUAAGGUCGCGCAGCUCGUUGGCCGCCUCCGCACCGAACUAUCCACGCAUACAGCUGCAGCUGGAGCUUGCCUCGUCCGAUCGGGAUCAUCCGGGUACGCCGGCAAGCAGCCCGCUCGGCGAAUGGGUUUAUCAUCGGCCGGAAGAGGAGAUUGCACUUGGGCCGGCUUGCUGGCUGUGGGAUUAUCUGCGCCGUUCGGGACAGGGUGGAUUCUUUCUGCCACUGAGCGGUGGCGUCGAUUCGAGCAGUACCGCCAUCAUCGUGUACUCGAUGUGCCGGCUGGUGGUGGAAGCGAUCGAACAGGGUGACCGACAGGUGCGUGACGACUGCCGGAAGAUACUGGCCGAUCCGGAGUAUAUCCCGACGAGUGCGUCCGAACUGUGCGGCCGGCUACUGUUCACCUGCUACAUGGGGACGGAGAAUUCUAGCCGCGAAACGCGCCAACGGGCAGCUACAUUGGCCGGCCAGAUCGGUAGUUCCCAUCUGGACAUUGGCAUUGAUGGUGCGGUCAGUGCACUGCUGGCUAUCUUCCAGCUUGCGACCGGUAUGCGGCCCCGGUUCCGGGCUGCCGGUGGUUGCCCCCGGCAGAACCUUGCCCUACAAAACAUCCAGGCCCGAACGCGCAUGGUACUGUCGUACCUGUUCGCCCAGCUAAUGCUCUGGGUACGGCAGCGACCCGGUGGACUGUUGGUGCUAGGAUCAGCCAACGUGGACGAAGCGUUGCGCGGGUACAUGACCAAGUACGAUUGUUCGUCCGCGGACAUUAACCCGAUCGGCGGUAUCUCGAAGGUUGAUCUGCGACGCUUCCUGGCGUACGCACAGAUCGAGUACGGGUUGCCGAUCGUGGCAGAUAUUGUUGCAGCACCACCAACGGCCGAACUGGAACCACUGGUCGACGGUGCGAUCGCACAAACGGACGAAGAGGACAUGGGACUCACCUACCGGGAGCUAAGCGAAUUCGGACGCCUCCGAAAACAAGCAUUCUGUGGUCCGUUCAGCAUGUUUUGCAAGCUUGCGGCGGCUGCCGUUGCGGACGGGAACCGUGACCCGAAGGAGGUUGCCGAACGGGUAAAACAUUUCUUCCGCUGUUACGCAAUCAAUCGGCACAAGAUGACGGUCCUGACACCGUCGUACCAUGCGGAAUCGUACAGCCCGGAUGAUAAUCGGUUCGAUCAUCGGCCGUUCCUGUACCGGGCAAACUGGACCUGGCAGUUCCGGGCCAUCGAUGCUGAGCUGGAGCUGCUUGCGAAGCAUCAGGCCCGUAGCGAGGAGGCGGCUGCAGCAGCAGCAGCAGCUGCACAACAGCAUCAGAACAGUAACGUUGGUUCCGGAUCGACCGGCACCGAUAUUCUCUUCUUCUCCAGUGGUAGUGGUGGUGGCGGUGGCAGUGGUGGCAUCGGUAUGAGCAGUGCAGCCAGUGCACAUCAGCUGGUACGCCAGUCGAGCGGGCUGUAUCUGGCGGGCGUUAGUGGUGACGGUGUUGGUGACGGCAGCGGACAGCUUACCGUCGGGCUUACCAAAUCCCACAGCAGCGGUGGCUACAGUCGCAUGCAUUCCAGUGUGCUGGGCAAAAUUAAGGAUCGUACCGGUGUGCCGGUGUAA